AUGAACGCAGACCACGUUGCCGACGGUCCCACGCACGAGCGUGGCACCGCCGAGAUUCUCUCCGGCGUGGCCCCGAUCGAAAGCGAGGAGCUCGGCGUGACGCUCGACAGGCUUCACGACGACAUCGAAAAGGCUCCCCUCGAAGGCCCCGACGGCCGAGAGCCGACGGAGGAGGAAGCGGCGUCGCUCCGCAAGGUCGCCGGCUCCAUCCCCCCCAUCUCCUGGGUGCUCUGCGUGGCCGAGCUUGCUGAGCGUGCGAGUUACUAUGGCGCCAGUCAGGUGUUCAACGACUUCAUGCAGUUUCCUCUUCCCAAGGGCGGCAACGGCAGCGGAGCUGUCCCGAAGAGCAACCCCAACGGCCAUGCUGGCGCAUUGGACCAGGGCCUUCAGUUCGCGUCUGCGUUCAGCACGCUGUUCACGUUCUUGGCCUAUGUCUUUCCCAUUCUCGGAGCGUACAUCGCCGACACGCGUCUCGGAAGAUUCAAGACAAUCCUCCUCGGUGUCAUAAUCGGCGCCGUUGCCCACGUCAUUAUGAUUGGCGGCGCCGCUCCCUCUCUCCUCAAGGCCGGCAAGGGCCUCGCGCCCUUCAUCGUCUCCUUCUUCACCCUGGCCAUUGGCGCGGGCAUCUUCAAGCCCAACGUGGCGCCGACCGUCAUCGACCAGUACACCAACCAGCGACCGGCCAUCAAGACGCUCAAGACGGGCGAGAAGGUCAUCAUCGACCCCGAGCGCACCAUCCAGCGCGUGAUGCUCAUCUUCUAUGCCAUGGUCAACGUCGGCGCCUUCUUCGCCAUUGCGACCACGUACACUGAGAAAUAUGUCGGCUUCUGGUUGUCUUUCCUCUUGCCGGGCAUCGUGUACUUCCUGCUGCCCUUCCUUUUGCUGGCGGUGUACAGGAGGCUUGUCAUCAAGAAGCCCGACGGAUCUGAGCUGACCAACUUCUUCAAGAUUGUCUGGGCCGGUCUCAAGUAUAACAAGUUCCAGGUCUGGAAGAAGGACUUUUGGGCUGUUGCCACUGCGUCCAAGCUGGCAGAGCGCGGAAUCCAUGUGACAUGGACUGACCGAGCCGUGCUCGAUGUGCAGCGGACCUUUGAGGCCUGCGUCAUCUUCCUGUACUUCCCCAUCUACAACAUCAACGACGGAGGCGUGGGAGCGGUGCAGUCGAACCAGGGCGCGUCCAUGACCAACAACGGCGCACCGACCGAUUUGCUGGGCAACUUCAACCCCCUCACCAUCAUCGCCGUAGCCCCCAUCCUCUCCUAUGGCCUGUAUCCGCUGCUGGCCAGGUACGGCAUCAAGUUCGGUCCCAUCCGCCGCAUGACGUUCGGCUUCAUGCUUGCCGCCAUCUCGGGAGCCAUCGGUGCCAUCGUGCAGUGGCGGGUGUAUGAGACGAGUCCCUGCGGCUACCAGGCCAGCACCUGUGGCGACGUGUCGCCCAUCAACAUCUGGUGGCAGAUCCCCAACGUCGCGCUCGGUGCCAUUUCCGAGCUCUUCUGCAACGUGACGGCGUACGAGAUGGCAUAUGCGCGCUCUCCGCCUCACCUCAAGUCCGUCGUCAUGUCCCUGUUCUUGUUCACUACCGCCUUGUCGAGUGCUCUCGGCGAGAUUCUCAUUCCGGCCAUUGUUGAUCCGCAUCUGAUUUGGGUUUGGGCUGGUCCAGCCAUUGCCCUCUUCGCCCAGACUAUCGUCUUUUGGAUCCGGCACCAUAAGCUCGACGACGAUGUUUACAUGCUGGAGCAGGAGACGCCGAACCAGUCGCAGGCUCAGUUGACGCAAACGCCAGGCCUGGAGCAGGAAACAGUGGUUAGGGAUGCCGAGAAGGCGUAG